CCCGCCCCCUGUCAGUCAGGCGGAGGGGGCGGCGCGGCCACCAGGGGGGAGUGCUGAGCUCAGAGCUGCCGCAGCGCCGGAGCAGGAGCCGGAGCGGAGCCGGAGCGCGCGAGUAGCAUCCUUGGUGGCAGAGCACCCAAGGCCAGAGCACUGCUGCACUCCAGCUCAGGAAAGGUGACUCAAGAGCCUGACCACGGCAGGACACCACUGGCCCCGAGUCCAUCCAUACCCAGCGUAGCCCAGCCCCGCGCAUCUGCUCGCAGUAGCAGCCGCUGCCGCCACCACAGCUCCAUCCCCCAGCCCGGCCCCGAAACCCAGGUUGCAGAUCUCCGGAUAACUGAGGUGCUGGCCCCUCCCCGCAUCCCGGGGUUUCAAGGACGCUAGGACUCGCCGCAGCAUAGCUCUGAGGCCUAGACCUGGGAAGUAGAGAGGGCCGCCAGGAUGGACGUGUUCAUGAAGGGCCUGUCCAUGGCCAAGGAGGGCGUUGUGGCUGCAGCUGAGAAAACCAAGCAGGGGGUCACCGAGGCAGCAGAGAAGACCAAGGAAGGCGUCCUCUAUGUCGGAAGCAAGACCAGUGGAGUGGUACAAGGUGUAGCCUCAGUGGCUGAGAAAACCAAGGAGCAGGCAUCGCAUCUGGGAGGAGCUGUGUUCUCUGGGGCUGGGAACAUUGCAGCAGCCACGGGCCUGGUGAAAAAGGAAGAGUUCCCCACAGACCUGAAGCCAGAGGAGGUGGCCCAAGAAGCCGCUGAGGAGCCCCUGAUUGAGCCUCUGAUGGAACCAGAAGGGGAAAGUUAUGAGGACUCACCCCAGGAGGAAUACCAGGAAUACGAGCCAGAGGCGUAAGGGGUCCAGGAGGGCCUCGCACCAGCAGCACAAUUCCUUCUGUCCCUGUCCCUGUCCCUGCCCCAUCCCUCUCCCUCCCAACCCCCCACCCCCACCCCCCAGAGCCAGGGCUGUCCUUCUACCUUUUCCCCCAAACACGAGAUCUUCCUUCGGCUCUGAGGCACUUCCUCAGGGCCUGUGUUAGUGUCUGCCCUGCCCUUCCGUCUGUCCUACUUGCCCGCGUUCAUCCCUGAGGCGUGGACUGGAGUCGGGCAGAGAGGUCCGGCUGGGAGCCCCGCCCUACCAGUGUUGCCCCUCACCCUCCAUUUGGUCCAGUGUCUGCUCGGAUGUAGCAUGUUCUAUGUAUUUUUAAACCAAGAUGGGAAAACUAUGGCUCCUUCCCCAUCCUAACAGAGGUUCUUCAAUGGGCUCCCCCCCCCCCGCAGCCCCAAUUCGACCCCUAAAAUGUUUUGUUUUGUUUUGUUUUUUAACCCAAACCAGGAGCCAGGUCGUGCCAUGCCCCCUCCCUCAGCCCGCUCGGUCCGAGCGCGGGCGUCGUUUGUUGUGAUUGUGGCAUGGAGAGUCCCCCCACCCACCGUGUGAGCGUGUCCCGGGGUGGGCGGCCAAGCCGCUCCCCAGUGUGUCCAUGAAUAAAGCCAAUCUGUCUGUA